AUGUGCAAAAGAGGUAUUGCAUGCAUUCCUCCCGCCCCAAGAGGUUUGCCUCAGAUUGAAGUCACAUUUGACAUAGAUGCCAAUGGGAUUGUUACUGUCUCUGCCAAAGACAAGGCCACUGGUAAAGAACAACAAAUCACCAUACGCUCAUCAGGAGGACUCUCAGAUGAUGAGAUUGAUAAGAUGGUCAGGGAAGCUGAGUUGCAUGCUCAGAAAGACCAAGAAAGAAAGGCUCUUAUUGACAUCAGAAACAGUGCAGAUACAACCAUCUAUAGUAUUGAGAAGAGUUUAGGUGAGUACAGAGAAAAGAUUCCAAGUGAAGUGGCCAAAGAGAUUGAAGAUGCAGUUUCAGAUUUGAGAAAGGCGAUGGCAGGGGACAAUACUGAUGAAAUUAAGUCAAAGCUUGAUGCUGCAAACAAAGCUGUGUCCAAGAUUGGACAACAUAUGUCAGGUGGUUCUAGUGGCGGUUCAUCAGAUGGAGGUUCUCAGGGUGGUGAGCAGGCUCCCGAAGCCGAGUAUGAGGAGGUCAAGAAGUGAGGCAAUUUAGGUGUGGCUAUGUAGCAUUUUUUAUUAUUAUGAAACAUCACAUAAUUGCUGGAAUCAUACAAGGUUGCUUAUUUUUGUAUGUAAUGUUUAAAGCCAUUUUUUACUAGAAGGCUUCCUUUUUUAAUAGUACUUUUUUAGUACUGAACACGGCUGCUUGAAUAACAACUUCCAAAUUUAUGCAGGAGAAACUUCCAACUUUA